AUGUCUACUACUGAUCUGGCUAUCCCCAAAGGCUCCCUUGUCGUCGUGACAGGAGCUAAUGGUUAUAUCGCCAGCCACGUGGUUGAUCAGCUACUGCAACACGGGUACGAGGUCCGGGGCACUGUGAGACACGCCGAGAAAGACUCGUGGUUGAAUGACUAUUUCGGUACAAAGUCCGAACGAUUCUCCCUCGCCGAAGUUCCCGAUAUAUCCCACGAUGGGGCGUUCGAUGAGGUCGUCAAGGAUGCGGCCGGUAUAGUCCACGUGGCAGCACCUGUAAGGCAAUUUCACGACCCUAAUAUCGCCGUCCCUAUGGCUGUCAAUGGAACUAUCAAUAUACUUGCUUCGGCCGCCGCCGAACCCUCGGUGCAACGGGUUGCUAUCACCUCAUCUUCAACAGCGGCCGCCAGUCCGCAGCCGAACAAGAUAUUUAGUAUAGAUAAAACAACCUGGAAUGAAGCAGCUGUUAAAGCUGCCUGGGCGCCACCUCCUUACAGAGGAUUUCAGCGACUCCUAGAUGUUUACUCCGCUAGUAAAACGCAAGCUGAACGGGCUGCGUGGAAGUUCAUUGAGGACAAGCCACCCUUUGUUCUAAACACGGUACUCUCGAACGUCAAUACGGGUACAAUCCUGUCCCCAGAAAAUCAGGGAUAUCGCAGCAGCAGCGGAUGGAUCAAGGCUGUAUGGGAUGGAUUCCCAGGCGAAGGGGAGCUUCAGCACAACCCGCCACAGUAUUAUAUUGAUGUUCAGGACAAUGCACGUGUGCACGUUGCUGCCCUUAUCUAUCCCGAUGUACAGAAUGAGCGCCUCUUCGCAUUUGCACACCCCUAUUCGUGGAACGAUAUCCUAGCUGUCCUACGGCGACUUUAUCCACAGCGGAAAUUUAUCAAAGAUAUACCUAAUAUUGGCGAAGAUAUGAGUAAGGUCGCAAAUCAGAGGGCUGAGGAACUCUUAAAGAGAAUUUCAGGUCUUCCUGGUUGGACAAGCUUAGAGCAGUCGAUCCAAAAUGCUACUGAGGCUUGGAUAUAG